GCCACUUUCCAAUUCAGCGCCACCUGGCGGAUCAUAAUCCAAGAUGGCGGCGUAUGGUGUGUCCGUGUCACAGCACAUGUUUUUAGUGUUUUAUCAGCGCUACGCGUCAAAUUAGACUUUUUCCAGAAAAUCUUCGUGCUUAAAUGCGUAUAUAGGUACCAACAACAAGUAACCAUGUCUCGAAAAAGAAAUCAUGAGGAGAUGAACCAGUCUGCAUCUACUGACCGUACACUGCACUACAUUUGCAAGACCCCAGAAGAUCCAGAAAAAAUAAUGGUUAGAUGUGAUCUCUGUGAUGAUUGGUUCCAUCCAUCUUGUGUUAAUCUUGAUGAAGAAGAAGCUAAGAACAUUGCAAAAUGGUUUUGCCCUGGCUGCUGUGAACUAAUGAAAAUAAACCCUUUAAUUUCAAAAAAAGGACUCCUUAGUUUUCAAGGACGCGUGGCACCAACGACAGGAUGGGGUGAAGAUUUCCCUAUUGAGGACAUCGAUGAAAGUGUUCUUGACUUUGUGAAAACAAAACGCCACAGGGUUGAAGGCUGGACACUAUUCCGAGAGGGAAAAAUAACAGGUUUGAGCAGUACCACAACUGGAAACUUGAUAUAUUUCAGAGGUCAAUGCCAAGCUGCAAUGAAGCAGAAAACUUAUAACAUAUACAUGUGCCUGAAACAUGGAGGAACAAAAUUAAAGUGGGGGACAUGCUCAUGUCCAGCAGGAAUAGAUGGGCAAUGUAAGCACCUUGUAGCCACAUUGUUCUGUCUUAUUGACUUUCACCGCCAGGAUGUAAAAACAAUGCCCGAUGUGAAAACAUGCACAGACAAGUUGCAAUUGUGGCAUGUUAGAAAACCAAUGUCUGAUGAGCCUCUUCUGUUCAGAGACAUCAACUUUGUCAAACAUGAUUCGUUUAAGACCGUGAAGGAUUUGUGUGCAGCUGCAGCUACUCAUAACCCUGUGCCCGAGUUUGCCAGAUCUGUUACAGGUAAUGAUCUAACCAAACUUGUUAACCUGUUUGAUGCAUCAGGUUUAAACCUUCCAGUGUUGGACACCAUUCGAGAAAACAAUUUCAAACCUGUGGCAUGUAGGCAACGCUGUGAUGUAAACCUAGACGCAGAUUUGUUUGAGAUGGUUGACAAUACUAGCUUCAGUGAAAUAGAAUUGCCACAGGCACUCAAAUCAGACAUCCAGCAACAUUACCUAGUUAAUGUGAGUGUAGACACCCAAAGAGCCAAGUUCAUAGAGAAAAAUACAAGGCUACAGAGCAAGACUUCAUUCUGGUUUAAUGAGAGACAAUACCGUAUUACUGCAUCUAACUUUGGUGUUUUUUGUCGCCUGAAAAAUACAACAGACCCUUUGAAUACGUUUCAACAAAAGAAGUUUUUCACGUCAAAAAGUGUCCGUCACGGUAUCAAUUAUGAAGCUCAAGCCUUGGCUUUGUAUCAAAAGGAAAAACCAUGUGCUAGUUCACCAGUUGGUCUUGUUGUAAACCCCAAACUACCCCAUCUUGGAGUGACACCUGAUAGACUAGUAAAAGUCAACAAUGAGAUUAGACUGGUGGAAAUCAAAUGUCCAUACUCUGUAUUCAAGAAGAAAAGUAUAUUAUCACAAAUGAAGGAGAAAAACUUUUAUUUGGAAAAAAACCCGACAACUGGUGAAAUCCAACUCAAAAAAUCCCACGCCUACUUUUACCAAGUGCAAGGACAACUGAAUUUGUGUGGAAUAGAAAAGUGUGACUUUGUAGUAUUCGUUCCUCCGGAAGACAUUGCCAUAGUAGAGAUACAUCGUGAUUCAGAGUUUUUCUGUUCUAACAUGUUGCCUAAACUCAACAGUAUCUAUUUCAGCCAUUUGCUCCCACAUUUUGUUGAUUGUCUCCGCACAAAAGAUCAGUGAAGGUCUCGACUUGUAUUGUUUAGUACAAGAGGCACAUGCAAUACCCAUCCAGACAG